AUGCAAUACACACAAUCGUUACAAAGACUUCGCGAUCGAUCUGUUCGACGAUGUAUGAUCAUCACAUUGAGUAUACUUUUAGCUGUACUAUUGAUCGGCACAUUUGUCACAUUGUUCAUUAUUUACUUUAUACGUUACCGGACAGCUGUAUCGUCACCUUUAGCCUAUCCAAAUUUUGUUUGUAAUCAACGGCCAUGCGGUUGUCCGAAUGUAAAUCAGAUGAAGUUUUCUGUACCGAAAAUCGUCGGUGGGCAAGAUGCUUCGCCGUACAUUUAUCCUUGGCUUGUUACUCUAACCGAUCGUCAUCGAACAGAUCCGUUCUGUGCAGGAUUUAUCAUCUCUUCGAAUGUUAUUCUCACCGCCGCUCAUUGUUUGAAUGAGCGGUUUUCAGAUCAAAUAGAAAUUCUAGCUAAAAUACAUGAUAUUCGCAAUUUUCAAGGCGAUCGUCAUGCUAUUGACCGAUGGAUCGUCCAUCCCGAUUAUCGUAUAAAUGAUAGCAUGCAUGUGAACGAUAUUGCUCUGAUUAAGACGAAGAAGCCCUUUGCGAAAGAUCUUCAACCCUGCUGUCUACCAGAACGGCAAUCAAAUUCAUAUCCACAAGCGAAAUCUCAAGCCGUGAUCAGUGGUUGGGGUAAAAUUUUAGUCAAACCGGCCAGUCGCAUGUCUCCUAUCCUCCAGCAUGUUGUCCUUCCAAUAGUUGAUCGAAAGAACAUGAAGUGUCGUCAAUACAUUGCCGAUUCUGAUCGACAACUGUGUGCCGGCUAUGAAAACCUUCCGAUUGAUGCUUGCUCGGGUGAUAGUGGUGCACCUUUGGUUGUGGUGGAACGUGAUGGAGACGAAGGAUAUUUCGUCGCCGCUGGAAUUGUUAGUUACGGAAAUCGGCAAUGCGAUGCAUCGAUUUCAUCAGGUGUUUAUACACGCAUUAGCUUUUAUCUCGAUUGGAUUAAUGCAACAAUCACGUCUUUCUGA